AUGUUGCUCCAGUCUGCUCUCGUCAUUGGUAUCGCUUUGACUUUAACUUCGGCCGCCCCACUUGGAAAGGGUGACUCGGACACUCUGGGCUCACGCGCAGAGUCCCCCAGCAGCACUGGUAUUUGUACCCAAGGAAGAAUCCCGAUUCGAGUUCAAGUUGAUACAACUGCGAUUCGUAUGAAAAAACCGGAAAGCCAAGCAGCUCUGACCGGAUUCUUGGCUAAUUACUGGACCACUGGAUCGACCAUCGCCUCCAAGAUUAUAGUUCACAAAGCCGACGGUACCCCUAAAAAGAAUCGUAUUGAAGGGACGUACGAAAUCUGGGCCCAAACUUGUCGUCCUCGAGGGAAGAGUGGGCAGGUGCCUCUCAUCGUUGGUAUUCAUGGAAUCAAUUUUGAUCAUUCGUACUGGGAAUUUGGGUACUCCAAGGAUUAUAACUUUAUCGAGGCCGCGAACAAGGCUGGAUAUGCAGUAUUGACUUAUGAUCGCCUGGGCGUUGGUCAAUCUGACAAGCCCGACGGUCUUGAAGUUGUACAAUCGAGCACGGAGGUUGAAAUACUUCAUCAGAUCAUUAAAAGAUCUCGUGAGAGUAGACAGUAUUCCAAGGUGCUUGGAAUUGGGCAUUCGUUCGGAGCUAUUCAGCUCACUGGAAUUGCUGCAAGAUACCCUACGGACUUGGACGCUGUUAUUCUUACAGGCUAUACUCCAUCGAUGGCUAGUGUCGGAAUGUCCUUUACCGGGUGGCUACAGACACUGGCGAAAGAACAACCAGAUAUGGCUGUUCGUUCGCGUUGGACAUCUCUUCCCUCAGGCUCAACAAUUAUGAGCGACUCGAGCUAUUUGGGAACUGGCAGUCCCAGUGCCGACAGGUUUGCUUUCUUUGCGGAUGGUUUCUAUGAUGAGGAGGCCUUCAAAAUUGCGUAUGAUAGCAAGCAGACUCAUACCUUGGGCGAGUUCUUGACCAUCGCAGAGCCAGUGUCGAAACCCGCCCCAGAAUACAAGGGCCAUGUAUUCGUUGUUACUGGCGAGAAAGACUUGAUUUUUUGCGGAGGAAACUGCUUACAGAAACCUGCUAGGGCUUCUGGUGAUACGCUACUUGACGAUACCAAGACUUUUUAUCCCAAUGCAGCUAGCUUCUCUAGCUACGUUCCUCCUGGCGCGGGUCAUGCACUUUUCGCCCACCAUCACACGGAUGAGACAAUCGACAGGAUUAUUGCUUGGAUCGCCAACUUGGGAAUGUAA